GGAGCACUCCAGCACCAUGUACCACACACAUGUAUUCUCUAGAAGGGGGUGUGAUUCGUAUCACAGACAUCACAGAUUUGUACAUGUAUUAUUUCAAAUUUCCAACAGACACAGUUGAAUGUUUUGCUUUUACAAGAUGAGUCUGACACAGGGAAGAGUCUCUGGGAAGAGCCCUUUUCCAGUUUGCACAGAGGCACUCUGAGCUAGUGAUGGUUCCACUUCUCUCUCCCCACCGCCCACAUGGGUCUUCUGGGAUGGAAGGGUAGAGACCCCAGGGAUGAGAGAGACACAAGAGACCUAGGUAGUCAGGUGGUCAUAGUCUAGAUAGCAUGAUCCAGUGUGGCAAAGACAUCACACACACACACAUACACACACACACAAACACACACUUUUUAGAGGAUGUAAACACCUCUAGAAGGUUCCAGCCCUACUGCAGGGACUUCUGUUCUUGCCUGGACCCUAGGAGAGCAUAGAACACCUUUGCAGUGUCAGGCAUGACCAUGGUCUUUGGGGGUGUGGCUUCCUAGGCUAGGGGCUUGGAUGCCACUUGGCUUCAGCCCUGAGGACAUCAUCAGUAGCCUGCCUGGUAUGGCUGAGGGGUAUCUGACCCUGGAGCUGGGUGCCCUAUCAACGUGGCCCUGUGGGAAGGUGGCUCCCCUGUCUUGACAGUUGCACAUGGUGGUUAUUCUGUGUAUUAGUCCAUUUUAAUGCUGCUGAUAAAGACAUACCCGAGACUGGGCAGUUUACGAAAGAAAGAGGUUUUUUUUUGUUUUGUUUUGUUUUGUUUUGUUUUUUAAUUUAUGAAGUAUUUAUUGAUCAUUCUUGGGUGUUUCUCGGAGAGGGGGAUAUGGGAGGGUCAUAGGAUAAUAGUGGAGAGAAGGUCAGGAGAUAAACACAUGAACAAAGGUCUCUGGUUUUCCUAGGCAGAGGACCCUGCGGCCUUCUGCAGUGUUUCUGCCCCUGGGUACUUGAGAUUAGGGAGUGGUGAUGACUCUUAAAGAGCAUGCUGCCUUCAAGCAUCUGUUUAACAAAGCACAUCUUGCACCGCCCUUAAUCCAUUUAACCCUGAGUUGACACAGCAUAUGUUUCAGAGAGCACGGGGCUGGGGGAAAGGCCAUAGAUCAACAGCAUCCCAAGGCAGAAGAAUUUCUCCUAGUCAGAACAAAAUGGAGUCUCCUAUGCCCACCUCUUUCUACACAGACACAGCAACAAUCUGAUCUCUCCUUCCUUUCCCCACACUUCCCCCCCUUCUCUUCAACAAAACCGCCAUCGUCCUCAUGGCCCGCUCCCGAUGGUCGCUGUCUCUUCGGAGCUGUUGGGUACACCUCCCAGACAGGGCAGCCGGGCAGAGGCGCUCCUCACCUCCCAGACAGGGCGGCCGGGCAGAGGCGCUCCUCGCUUCCCAGACGGGGCCGCCCAGGCAGAGGCGCUCCUCACUUCCUCCCAUACCGGGUGGCAGCCGGGCAGAGGCGCUCCUCACCUCCCAGACGGGGCGGCCGGGCAGAGGCGCUCCUCACUUCCCAGACCGGGCGGCCGGGCAGAGGCGCUCCUCACUUCCCAGAGGGGGCGGCCGGGCAGAGGCACUCCUCACUUCCCAGACCGGGCGGCCGGGCAGAGGCGCUCCUCACUUCCCAGACGGGGUGGCCGGGCAGAGACGCUCCUCACUUCCUCCCAGACGGGGUGGCGGCCAGGCAGAGGCGCUCCUCACCUCCCAGACAGGGCGGCCGGGCAGAGGCGCUCCUCACUUCCCAGACUGGGCGGCCGGGCAGAGGCGCUCCUCACUUCCCAGACUGGGCGGCCGGGCAGAGGCGCUCCUCACCUCCUAGACGGGGUGGCCAGGCAGAGGCACUCCUCACUUCCCAGACGGUGUGGCGGCUGGACAGAGGCGCUCCUCCCUUCCCAGAUGGGGCAGCCAGGCAGAGGCGCUCCUCACUUCCUCCCAGACGGGGCGGCGGCCAGGCAGAGGCGCUCCUCACUUCCCAGAGGGGGCGGCCGGGCAGAGGUGCUCCUCACUUCCUCCCAGAUGGGGUGGCGGCCGGGCAGAGGCACUCCUCACCUCCCAGACGGGGCGGCCGGGCAGAGGUGCUCCUCAUCUCCCAGACGGGGCAGCCGGGCAGAGGUGCUCCUCACUUCCUCUCAGACGGGGUGACGGCCGGGCAGAGGCACUCCUCACCUCCCAGACGGGGCGGCCGGGCAGAGGCGCUCCUCACCUCCCAGACGGAGUGGCCAGGCAGAGGCGCUCCUCACUUCCCAUAUGGGGUGGCGGCCGGGCAGAGGCGCUCCUCACUUCCCAGAUGGGGCAGCCGGGCAGAGGCGCUCCUCACUUCCUCCCAGACGGGGUGGCGGCCAGGCAGAGGCGCUCCUCACCUCCCAGACGGGGCGGCCGGGCAGAGGUGCUCCUCAUCUCCCAGACGGGGCGGCCGGGCAGAGGUGCUCCUCAUCUCCCAGACGGGGCAGCCGGGCAGAGGUGCUCCUCACUUCCUCCCAGACGGGGUGACGGCCGGGCAGAGGCGCUCCUCACCUCCCAGACGGAGUGGUCAGGCAGAGGCGCUCCUCACUUCCCAUAUGGCGUGGCGGCCGGGCAGAGGCGCUCCUCACUUCCCAGAUGGGGCAGCCGGGCAGAGGCGCUCCUCACUUCCUCCCAGACGGGGUGGCGGCCAGGCAGAGGCACUCCUCACCUCCCAGACGGGGCGGCCGGGCAGAGGUGCUCCUCAUCUCCCAGAUGGGGCAGCCGGGCAUAGGUGCUCCUCACUUCCUCCCAGACGGGGUGGCAGCCGGGCAGAGGCGCUCCUCACUUCCCAUACGGGGUGGCGGCCGGGCAGAGGCGCUCCUCACUUCCUCCCAGACGGGGUGGUGGCCAGGCAGAGGCGCUCCUCACUUCCCAGACGGGGUGGCCGGGCAGAGGCGCUCCUCACUUCCCAGACGGGGUGGCCGGGCAGAGGCACUCCUCACCUCCCAGACGGGGCGGCCGGGCAGAGGCGCUCCUCACUUCCCAUACGGGAUGGGGCAGCCAGGCAGAGGCGCUCCUCACUUCCUCCCAGACGGGGUGGCGGCCGGGCAGAGGCGCUCCUCACUUCCCAGACGGGGCGGCCGGGCAGAGGUGCUCCUCACUUCCUCCCAGACGGGGUGGCAGCCGGGCAGAGGCGCUCCUCACCUCCCAGACGGGGUGGCCGGGCAGAGGCGCUCCUCCCUUCCCAGCCGGAGUGGCCAGGCAGAGGCGCUCCUCACCUCCCAGAGUGGGCGGCCAGGCAGAGGCGCUCCUCACUUCCCAGAGUGGGCGGCCUGGCAGAGGCGCUCCUCACUUCCCAUACGGGGUGGCAGCCGGGUAGAGGCGCUCCUCACUUCCCAGAUGGGGCAGCUGGGCAGAGGUGCUCCUCACUUCCUCCCAGACGGGAUGGCGGCCAGGCAGAGGCGCUCCUCACCUCCCAGACGGGGCGGCGGCCAGGCAGAGGCGCUCCUCACCUCCCAGACGGGGCGGCCGGGCAGAGGCACUCCUCACCUCCCAGACGGGGCGGCUGGGCAGAGGCGCUCCUCACCUCCCAGAAGGGGCGGCUGGGCAGAGGCGCUCCUUACUUCCCAUAUGGGGUGGCAGCUGGGCAGAGGCGCUCCUCACUUCCCAGACGGGGUGGCGGCCAGGCAGAGGCGCUCCUCACUUCCCAGAUGGGGCAACCGGGCAGAGGCGCUCCUCACUUCCUCCCAGACGGGGUGGCGGCCAGGCAGAGGAGCUCCUCACCUCCCAGACGGGGCGGCCGGGCAGAGGUGCUCCUCAUCUCCCAGACGGGGCAGCCGGGCAGAGGCGCUCCUCACUUCCUCCCAGACGGGGUGGCAGCCGGGCAGAGGCGCUCCUCACAUCCCAGACGAUGGGCGGCCGGGCAGAGGCGCUCCUCACUUCCCAGAUAGGGCGGCCGGGCAGAGGGGCUCCUCACAUCCCAGACGAUGGGCGGCCAGGCAGAGAUGCUCCUCACUUCCUAGACGGGGUGGCGGCGGGGCAGAGGCUGUAAUCUUAGCACUUUAAGAGGCCAAGGCAGGAGGCUGGUAGGUGGAGGUUGCAGCGAGCCGAGAUCACACCACUGCACUCCAGCCUGAGCACCAUUGAGCAUUGAGUUAGCGAGACUCCGUCUGCAAUCCCAGUACCUCGGGAGGCCGAGGCAGGCAGAUCACUCGAGGCCAGGAGCUGGAGACCAGCCCGGUCAACACGGUGAAACCCCGUCUCCACCAAAAAUACAAAAACCAUUCAGGCGUGGCGGUGCGUGCCUGCAAUCCCAGGCACUCGGCAGGCCGAGGCAGGAGAGUCACAGGAGCCCGAGGCAGGGAGGUUGCAGUGAGCCGAGAUCAUGGCAGUACAGUCCAGCUUCGAUAACAGCGGGAGACCGAAAAAAGAAGGAGAGGGAGACCGAAGAAAG